GCAGAAAUAAUUCACAUAUCUAAUAGGAUGAGGCGAUUUUUACUAAAUAUACGUUAUAUUUACUUGGAUGCGGUCUCCUGGGGUCAGGUUGAGGUCAUGCAGGUGUUUGCGGGCACCGAUUUGCAGGUGCAGCUCAUCAGUUGCAAGUUGGAAAGUUGAAAACUUUUUUCAAGUUCCUCAGACGAUUAUUCAUGGUUGCUUAUAGUUUCAUUCUCUCUCUUCAAAUAGUCAUCCACCUUCAUCCCAGUCCAGAAUUCACAACACAUUGAGCGGAAGCGCGGGCGAUGGAUCCAGAGACCAAUGGCUCUACGCUGGGUCAGGCGGCUCAAAGGUCUCUUGACGUAUUUCCAGCUGGAUCGAAUGGAGAGUUCAACCUACCUAAAGACCUGACGACUGUCCUGUCCAGAGGUAAAGACUGCUAUGUGUGGGAUGUGGACGGCAAGUGGUAUCUGGACUUCUCUAUGGGAUGGGGGACGAAUCUUGUGGGCCACGCCCGAGAAGAAGUGGUGGCCGCGGUGACGGAACAAGCCGCUCACGGCUCCAACUUCGCUUACGUCAACGAGAAAUCUCUCCAACUGGCGGAGGAGAUCAAACGGAUGAGUCCUGCGGUGGAGUACCUCAGGUUUUGUUCAUCCGGUACUGAAGCCAUAAUGUACUGUGAGAGACUAGCAAGAGCGUUCACUUGCAGGAGUAAAGUUUUGAAAUUCGAAGGAGCAUACCAUGGUGCAAACGAAAUAGGGGUGACCAGUCUGUUCCCUAAAGGACUGCUUGACUACCCAACUCCGGACCCCUCCAGCGCUGGAAUAGAACAUUCCGUGAAGCACCACGUCCUUGUUGCACCGUACAACGAUCUGAGUAUGACGACAGAAAUCGUGGAACAGCACAGGGGCGACUUAGCUGCUGUGAUAGUUGAGCCUUUACACAGAUGUACCCCUCCUAUGGAUGGGUUUUUGCAAGGGUUACGCGAUCUUACCAAGAAACAUGAUGUUCUGUUGAUUUUCGACGAGGUGGUGACAGGCUUCCGACUAGCCUAUGGUGGCGCCCAGGAAUACUAUGGCGUGAUUCCGGACCUGGUUGGCUAUGGUAAGGCCCUGGGAGGAGGCUACCCGAUUGGUGUGUUUGGAGGCCGCGCCGAUAUUAUGAGCCUUGUGAACGAGGAUCUUCUCGGCAAAGACGAGCGCUACGUGUGGACAGCCUCGUCUCUAGGCUGUAACACCAUCAGCGCUUCAGCCGCCCUGGCAGCGCUACAGAUAUACCGCCGGACCGGCACGUACCAGCAGUUACAUCACAUCGGCAGGUACGUGAGGAACAAGAUGAAGGAAUGUUUGGAGAAAAAUGACAUUUCUGGUCAUGUGAUCGGAGACGGGCCUCUGGCACAGGUUUUAUUCACGGAAAAGCUUGUCUACAACUAUCGCGAGCAGAAACUUCAGGAGAAUACCGCUAGGAGGCGCGCCAUGAUGGUGGGGCUCUUCAAGCGAGGCGUCUUCCUCAACCCCAUGGGCACCAAACUUUACCUGUCCCUCAAACACACGGAGGAAGUUUGCGACCAAUUCGUGGAAAUCUUCGACCAGACUCUGCAAGAAAUCAAGGAAAAUGAGAAAAUCACAACAAGAAGUUGAACUCAGAAGGCAUUCAAGGCAAUAUUGUUGCACUGCGUGCAUUAAAUGGAUGAUACUUUUAUCUGCCAGGAAUGCGCAAUAAAAAAGGUUUCAAAACGGAUUAUGAUAUCUUUAAUAGCAGCCUUUCCUCUAUACUGGUAACCUCUACGUGACAAAGUUUAUUCUUUCGUUCAAUUCAAUGUUAACCUUAUUAUCUUUGUGGUGUUGAAAAUAGGGUGACCUUUAAUACGCCAAGAAUGUCAUAUUGAUCUAUUCACUUUGACAGGAAAGACAUAGCGGUGGCGCACUUAAGUUAUCAAUUUAUAUU